CGGGCAUCCUACCAUCAGUCCAUUCAUUCUACAUGACCGGGCGUCGGAAGAGUGCGUUUUAUGCACAUCGUGAUUAUAAUAACGCACCUGUAGCUGAACGGACAUGAAGCUAGGGUUGGUGGCUUGAAACUGCCGAGGCCCUUGCUAUUUCCCAUUUCGCGACACCACCCGCAGCCCACGCGCCCAUGCGCCCAUCUCGGUUUGUGGCCUCGCUCUCCAUGUAGCGGUGGUGAGUGACUCUUGCAGCUUUGACACUUGCUUGCCUGGAAUUUGCGCCAUUUCAGUCGAGGCUCACAGGUAUAGUGAUCAGUUGAUCCUUCGUAUCGCGGCAAUGGAGAAGGAUAUCUCCAACGCGGUUUUUGAGUCCAUGGCCGACACUGCUGCUGCUAGCUGGCUAGCUCAUCGAGCAUCCACCCCAAACUCGAGGCAGUCGUCAUCUAUCCCUCAAAGUAUCCCUCGGGGAACAAUUCUGCCCCCUACGGCAGUAUCAGGACCACCACCACCUUCAUCAGCCCCUGCGACGCUGCCACCGUCGAAUCACACAUCGGUGGCUGCGGCUUUGGAUUCACCAGCAUCCACGACACCCAUCUCCAGUUCCGAAGAUAGGGCUCCUAGUGCUCCCCCGGCACAGGCAAGUUCUGGCAUACAUAGUGACAUAACUGCCUGGCAGAGUGCGCUGCAGAGCUUACCACCUGAGUUUGCCAAUUCUGUUCUGCCUCCACAUCCAUUGUCCCAGGCUCUCAUGAACCAACCGACACUACGGCCUGUCGAAUGGAAUCCCUAUCGCCAGCAAGGUGGAUUUGUGCCGCGUACUGCUCAUGACUUUAGCUCGCUCAUGAUCUACGUAUCCGGUCAAAUGAAUCCGAACCCUUGCCGCCGAUGUCUUUUGAGAAAUGGCCCCUUCGCGCGAUGCGUCGUUUCACCUCCAGCCGUCCUAGGGAACAGCUCAAUCAGACAUGCUUGUGCGAAUUGCACAUACCAAUGCCAAUAUAAUAAGUGCACCAACGAGCCCAUAACCGAACAGGAGAAACUUCGGGCUGAACUGCUGAGGUCCGUAGUAAGGAUUAAAGAACUCACCCCUCGUCAGCCGAUGACCAGGAAAUCAGACGCCAAAGAGAAGAGGGAGAGAGACCGCCCAGCUAUGGAACAGUUGAAUCAACAACGCCAAUUAAACGGAGUGAGUAAAGUACGCCGGUUACAGAAGCGGGCUCAGCUUGCAGCCGAAUACCAUACCGGUGCCCAUCAACCAGAGUCGCGACCCGGCCCAGAUAUAAGCUUUGGGGCCAGUCCGGUGCCAUUUGAUGAAAAGCUGCGACGUAUCCGCGCUUGUUCACCCCAAUCGCGUCGGCGGAUAGCAGCCGAAACGUUGCAGUGGCAAGCUGCUCUUGCGACAGUAGAAGCAGAACCACCUCCUCCUGCCUCUGCUGUCCCGGUUCCGAGGCCGGCUGCUGAACCCACAGUCAACCAACAUUCACGGGCUCUACCAAAUGACUUUACACCUUUCCAGUCGACUCCAGCAUCAUCUAUGCCAACCCUAAGUCAUGGUUUCGCGCUAGACUCGCCCCCUGGUGCUAUGACUACGAGCCAUGAUACGGAAAAUACGUUCGAAGCUAUGGAUGAAGACGAGAGUGAGGACGAGGAAGAGAGCGACUAUGGAGAAAUGGCAUGGACUCAACCCGAUAGCACAGCGUCUAUCGUCAAAGCCCCACGGUGAAACUUGACACUACAAAGUCAGAUAUCAAGAACGAUAUAAACACUAU